CUUAAUACCGCCCCCGAAACUAAGUAAGCUCGAUAGCUGUCGAUGUCUUCAGCGAGGGGCUCCUAUCAACAAUCUCUGAUGGUAAACAAGCCUUCUCUGACAGCGAUAGCAGAUGUUACUUUCACCCUGCAGGCUUUUAACAACUGCAGAAUAUUCUCUCUGCCGUAUCGAUACAGCUUCCUGUUCGUUCAUAAGUGCAGUUAUAACAGUUUGCUUGUUCAACGGUUUCGUGUGAAUCUUGUACCUCGCGCGUCGAACUUAACGAUGAGUUUGAGCGGGAUGUAUAACGGAUCCCCGGGAGGUGAUAGAAGAACCAAGAAGGAGACUGUCUAUCUCGGGAUGUUCAAAGCAAAAAUUCUAGUUUUGGGACCUUGCGAGAGUGGUAAAACUGUUAUUACGAAUUUUCUUUCUGAUGCUACGGAAACAUCAGGAGGAGAGUAUCAUCCAACACAAGGGGUCAGAAUACUAGAGUUUGAAAGCAGUGGCAUAGAAAUAUCUCCUGGUAAAACUGCUAAUUGUGAGGUGGAGUUGUGGGAUUGCAGUGGAAAUCACAAGUUUUCUACCUGUUGGGCAGCUUUCCAAAAGGACACAAAUGGUGUUCUAAUCAUUUACAAUCCUGAUCAGUCCAGCCAUGACAAGGAACUAGAGACUUGGUACACCCAAUUUGUGCAAAGUCAAGGACUGAAGGAUUCACAAUGUAUGGUGUUUGCUCAUCGUCGCCCUUCUGCUGCUGAUACCACAAGGUCACAGAUACCAUCUGUACUGUCCAGAGUAAAGUGUAUACAGACAAACCUGGAUGAAGAACCAGAAACAGUAAGAGAUGAAUUUCACAAUUUCCUUGCAAAGGUUAUCAGCAACUGGACUGACAAAAGAGAUCAGGAAGAACUAAGUAUAAUGAACACAUGACGCUGUUUAAUGUCUGAGGAACCAUUGAGAGUUUUUCAUCUUAAUGUACAGACUAGAGCUUUAUGUCUUAUACAUUUUGGGUCGGUAUCUAUAACCCAUGCGGCAAGGUCCUUCAGUAACUUUGGCUCUCCCAAUAGAAAUGUUCAUAAACUGACAGGUGCUAAUAGAUAGAACUGUCUAUCAAAGUCAUGUUUUUAGUGGUCAGUCUUCAAGUUGUUUUAACCUUCAUGUGGCCUUGCAGCAACAUAUAAAGUCUCUAAAAUGUCAUAAUUUUUUUCAACACUUUGACGGUCCUUGCCUUACAGUUUUUGAAAAAUAGUGGGAAAUUCAUAAGACUACCCAACAAAGAAGUAAAGAAGAUAGUUCCUAAUAUAGUGAACUGGUUAAUAGUUUUUUAAAUUCUACUACAAUGUUCACUGUGUUGCAUACACAAAAGUUCGCCAUUUUCAGUCUGGUUUAAAAGAUGCCUUUUCUCUCCAAUAAGCCACUGACUUCCAAACUGCACCUUCCAAACAUUGAUGGAAGGUUUUUGAGCUGUUAAGCCCUGGCCAAAUGCAUGCAACAUUUCAAUGCAGUGUGUUGCAACAUUAUUGGAUUGUGUUGUGAGAUGAUGUGAAGGAGCUGGGCCAAGCAUGCGCAAUUAUCUGAAACAUCCAAAAACUGGGGCGGAUCCAGGGGUGGUUGGAGUGGUUCGGUCGAACUCCCUAAAUUUUCCCUCAAAAUGCUGGAAAUCAUGUUUCCAAAGACUUAAUUUUCAAAAUCUCCCGGGGAAGCAUGCCCUCGGACAAUUCUCUGAACCCCCCUUGACUUAAUUAAGCCUGGAUCUACCCCUGCAAAAAUGCUGCAACACAAAUGUGACCAUUUUCAAACUUGAUCCAACACUAUCCAAAAUCUUGCAACAUGUUGCUAAGGGUUGACCAAAGGUGUUGCAUGCAACAAUGUUGUAAGAUGUUGCACUAAAAUGUUGAGUGAUUUGACCAGACCUUUAGAGAGAUUAAGAGUAAAGUUUUUCUUGUACACCCUCAACUCCCUGUUAACCUUUCUGUUCAUAAGUUCAGCUGGGUAAAGUCUUAGGUGAACUCUGCAAGCCAUCCUUGGCAUAAAUGGCCCUUUUUGAUGGUGAUCACAACAGGCAUUAUCUAAAGAAUUGAAAAAUGACUUUAAGGACUAAGGAAUACUCAAAGUAAAACCAACCAAACUUUCUUAAGAGGGGAAAAAUGCAGGUGACCAAUAUGUGAUUGGUAUUGGUUUUGUAUCUGAGCAGCUGAGAGAUUGGCCUGAGUUUUCUGGACCAAUCUCAGAGCAAAGUAGGGAAAGACCAAUGCAAUUGUGGAGUGCUUUCAACACUCAAUUGAAAAUUGCCUUUACUUGGGUGUGGGAAAUAAUCUAAGAUUGCAUUGGUUUGCUUUUAUUUGCUCCGUCACUUGUCUAAGAAACUUGUGCAGCUUUGUCAAUCAAUCAGAUGAAAAACUAGGACCAAUUGUAGCUGGUUCAUUAUAGUCGCACAAUAAAACAUGAAUUGUUUGUAA